CUGGCCCGACUGCGCAAGGUCAGCGACGUCCUGUUUGCCGUUUCCCAUGGUCCUUCGCAGGAUUUUGCUACGGUAGUUUUUUUAUUUGGUAAUUAUUAUUUAUCUAACAAAUUAUAAAUAAAUUAUAUAAUUAGUUAUUUUUUUAUUUAUAUUUAAUACUUUAUACAUGCGUAAAGAUUUGAUGUGAUCCGCCGACAGCAACACCUCAUUGAAUUCGGCUUGAGUGAGUAGUUUUGAGCAGGAUAAGAUGGAUUCCAUGUGACCAUUCAUUGUUGCCGUGAGCGUGAUAUUUGUGUGGAAACUUGCUAGUCGGUCCGUAGACUAUACGUGUGGGUUAGUACUCACUAGUCAGUAGUCACCACUCGUCUACUCCUGCGUCCUGCCAGUAAUGGCUUCAGCAGCUAGCGAGAUGGAAGGCGAAGGCGCCGGCGCCGGCACCGGCACUGGGGAAGGAGCGCCAAUCGCGCCGCGCAGGCCGGCCCUGCCGUUGAAGGUGCGGUUCCAGCUCAUGUGCCUCGACGUCGUCGGUGGCCUCUCGAUGCGUCGCGACGGCACCAUCAACCGCUCCCUCUUCAGCCUCUUCGACCGCCGCGCCCGCGCUAGCGCGCGCCCGGAUGGCCUCGGCGUCCGGUCCGCCGACGUGCACGUGGACGCGUCGCGCGGCUUGUGGGCGCGCGUGUUCUCGCCGUCGGAGGCGGCCGGGUCACCGCUCCCCGUCGUGGUCUAUUUCCACGGUGGCGCAUUCGCGCUGCUCUCCGCGGCCUCGGUCCCCUACGACGCCAUGUGCCGCCGGUUCUGCCGCGAGCUGGGCGCCGUCGUCGUGUCCGUCGACUACCGCCUCGCCCCGGAGCACCGCUGCCCCGCCGCGUACGACGACGGCGUCGACGUGCUCCGGCACCUCGCCUCCACAGGGCUCCCCGACGGCGUCGCCGUGCCGGUCGACCUCUCCCGCUGCUUCCUCGCCGGGGACAGCGCCGGGGCCAACAUCGCUCACCACGUGGCGCAGCGCUGGACGACGGCCGGCGUCGCGUCCUCCUCGUCGUCCCCGCCGCGUUCCUGCCCCGUCCGCCUCGCGGGCGUCGUCCUGGUGCAGCCGUACCUGGGCGGCGAGGAGCGGACGGACGCGGAGGUCAUGCUGGACGGGAAGGUGCCGGUGGUCACCGUGCGGGGCUCGGACUGGAUGUGGCGGGCGUUCCUGCCGGAGGGCGCCGACAGGAACCACCCCGCCGCGCACGUGACCGACGAGAACGCCGACCUGGCGGACGGCUUUCCGCCGGCGAUGGUGGUGAUCGGCGGCCUCGACCCGCUGCAGGAUUGGCAGAGGCGGUACGCCGACGUGCUGCGGCGGAAGGGGAAGGCGGUGCGGGUGGUGGAGUUCCAGGAGGCCAUUCACACGUUCUUCUUCUUCCCCGAGCUCCCCGACUGCGCCAGGCUCGUGGAGGCGAUGAAGGCCUUCAUAGAUGACAGCAACGCAUCCUCCGUCUCGGCUGCUUGACUGAUCAUCAACCGUAAGGGGUCCCGAAGGAAGCAACGUGGACCUACGUGGCCCGUGCAAAUACUUUUUUUUUCCCCACGCAUUUGCAUGGUCCUCUCUCCGUGUACUUUAUCCAUGUGCAGGAACUGUGUAGUUUAUAUUGAUGUCAAAUUAAGGCCUUGUUUAGAUCUAAAUUUUUUUUGAUUUUGACACUAUAUUAUUUUCGUUUUUAUUUGAUAAA